AUGCUGCUGCCCGUCGACGACCACUUCCCCCCCCUCGACCUCUCCUGGCUCGACCCCGAGCCGACCGCCUGCCCCUCCCUGUCCCCGGUCGAGCAGCGGAGGCUACGCCGGAAGAUCUCCAACCGCGAGUCCGCCCGCCGGUGCCGGAUGCGAAAACAGCGCCACCUCGGGGAGCUCCGUGCUGAGUCCUCCCGGCUCCGCGACGAGAACCGGGAGCUGGCGAGCCGGGUUCGCACCCUGGCUCAACAAACCCUGCUCCUCCGCCGGGCGAACGGCCGGCUUCUCGCCGAGUCCUCCGCCCUCCGCUUGAGACUCACCGAACUCCGCCGGCUGGUCCUCCUCCGGCAACUGUUGACUCACGGCGGCUUUGGUUGUUUGGGAUACGAGCAGGAGUUAGCGUCGCUGAUCGCGUGA